AAGACCCUGGUGGCGGCCGCCGUAGGGGUCAUGCUGGUGCUGGUGCUGGUGGUGCUCAUCCCCGUGCUGGUCAGCUCCGUGAGCAAUGACAACAGCCACUACGAGAUGCUGGGCACCUGUCGAAUGGUGUGCGACCCGUACCAGAACAAGGGCACCAGCACGGGCAUCGCCAGCACCGGCUCUUCUGUGCAGGCCGAGGCCGAGGCUCUGGCCGACCACAGCAACAUGCCUCCACCCUCCACGCUCCUCCAGGGGCCACAGGGGAAGCCGGGCCGGCCAGGCAAACCCGGACCUCCGGGGCCACCAGGGGAGCCAGGGCCCCCGGGUCCGAUGGGGCCCCCGGGGGACCGGGGGGACAGGGGCCGAAGCGGGGUUCUGAGUCUGGGCAAUGAUGGAGCUAUCAGCACGGUUACAUACAACACACACCCACGGGUGGCUUUCUACGCGGGACUGAAAAACCCACACGAGGGCUAUGAGAUCCUCAAGUUCGACGACGUGGUCACCAACCUCGGCAACAACUAUGAUGGCACUUCGGGCAAGUUCAUAUGCAGUGUGCCGGGCACGUAUUUCUUCAUCUACCACGUCCUGAUGAGAGGAGGUGACGGAACCAGCAUGUGGGCUGACCUGUGCAAGAACGGACAGGUGCGAGCCAGCGCGAUAGCUCAAGAUGCUGAUCAGAACUAUGACUACGCCUCAAACAGUGUGAUUCUGCAUCUAGACGCUGGCGAUGAAGUCUACAUCAAACUGGAUGGUGGCAAAGCCCACGGGGGCAACAACAACAAAUACAGCACAUUCUCUGGCUUCAUUCUUUACGCCGACUGAAUAUGUGAGCGCAGAGGAAAAGCAGUUGGAAAGAAAGAAAUAUAGCGAAAGGAAAGUGGAAGUGAAGGAAGGAGCAUUUAACAUCCCAGCGCUUUAUUUUAUCAGGAUCUCUCCAUUGCUUCAGCACACAUUUUUACAGAAAGAGACUCAGUGGAACGAGGGUUCAGUAGCUUGUCUUCAAAUCACCUUAUUGAUUGAUAAAAGACAAGGAAAUAAAGUGAUAAAAGUGACGUUUUUCUCUUUCGGUGUUGAAAGGGCAUUUUUGUCUUUCUUGUUUUAAGACUCCAAGAGUGACUGGCAGAGAUCUUUAACCUCAUCCUCAUGUGCUUUUCCUCAGUAAAACUCUUUUUGCCCACAGAUAUCUAAUGUUAAAAAUAUCCCUGACAACCUGUGGAAAAAAGUAUGUUACAUUUGAAGGAUAUGUGGAUCUGAUGACAACUUAUGUAUUCAUAUAAUUCUAACGCUCGUGUCCGAUGUCUCCUUACCUCUACAUUGGGCACAGCACCCCCUGUUGGCUAUUGUUGGUAACUGGUUUCCAUCUGCAUUCUUUUCGUAUGUGUUGUACUCUGUUGGGACUGCAGUAGCUGAUGAGCGUUGUGAAUGAAUGUUAUUCCUUACAAGCACUUGAUACUCAAUUUAGACAACUGAUACUCUGCUACUCCCACGACUCCUUUCCUCCCCUGUCAAUUAGCACUCGACCCUAAUCUCGCUCCUCUCAGUCACCUCCUGCCCCUCCAGAAACACCAGAUGACUUAUAAUAGUCUAAACUCUUUUUUUAUGAAAGAGACGGCUUAAAGGAUGCUUACGUGUGUUUUAGUGUUAGUUAACUUACUGUAGAAUGAAUGGAGAGCCUGUGAUGAACACAUAAAUGGGAUAUUUUUCUGAACUUAAAAAAAUAAAAGUUCAAAUAAAAACAUGACAGAAUAGAGUUUGGCAAACAUUCGAUUGUAUUUUAAAUGAUAAAAACCACUUAGCCACUGUAUUACUACUUUAUAGCAAUUAUUAUUUAUAAUCUGAACAUUACGACGAAAUUCAGACGUCAGAAGUGUUUUCUUAAGAAGUAUUGAUUUUGAAGAGGGCUGGAGGAUGAGUUGAGGUGCUGUUGAGGGGCUACACUUGUCAUUCAAUCAUUCCUGCUAACAAAUGCAACAACAUGCAGUGCGAAUAUUUACACGGUAAUAUUUUAUUCUGGUGGGACGAAUGAAUGUGAGAAAAUUAGGUUUAUUUGUAAGUGUGCACGUGCGUUUGUGUGUGUGUGUGUGUGCGUGCGUGCGCGCGCGUGUGUGUGUAUCUGUACCAACACCAGAGCAUGAACUAUAUUUCGUCUUUGCCACAUUAUUGGUUUGAGAAAUGUUCUAUGCUUUAGUCGGUCAAAGAUGUGAUAUAGAGCCAAUGAGAUUGCAUCAGACACGUUUAGCUAAGCCUCUACAGAGAAGAUAUAAAAGAAACAAUAAAGCUGUAAAUUAAAUAAAUCUAUGCUAUGUUUGU